UCUUCUUGACUUCUUCUUCUUCUCAAACUCGCAAAGAUGGCAAGUCGUGGAAAUCGUGCUCGUUCUCAACCCAUCGAUAAUACCAUUUCCUAUGUUCAGUGCGAUGGCCUGGCGGCGAUGAAAAUCGUCAAGCAUUGCCAUGAAGAAUCGCUGAACAAUAUGGAAGUGGCCCAGGGCGCACUGCUUGGGCUGGUGGUGGACGAUCGGCUGGAAAUUACAAACUGCUUCCCGUUCCCCAAGUCGGACGAGAUCGAUGAGGAAGAGUACCAGCUGAACAUGAUGCGUCGUUUGAGGCGCGUCAAUGUGGAUCACUUCCACGUCGGUUGGUAUCAGAGCGCGGACGUGGGUAACUUUCUGUCCAGCACGCUGCUCGAAUCGCAGUAUCACUAUCAGACCAGCAUCGAGGAGUCGGUGGUUAUGAUUUACGACACGCAGAAGUCGGCCCGUGGCUUCCUGACCCUCAAGGCGUACCGGUUGACGCCGCAGGCGAUUGCGAUGUACAAGGAGCGUGAUUUUACGCCGGAAGCACUGCGCAAUCUAAAGGUCGGGUACGAGAAUCUGUUCAUCGAGAUCCCGAUCGUGAUCAAGAACUCGGCACUGUGUAAUAUUAUGAUGUCGGAGUUGAUGGAGAUGGUGCCGGAGGAGGAGGGUACACACUUUCUCGAUCUGGGCACGGCGUCCGUGCUGGAAAAUCAUCUCCGCUGCAUGAUGGAUCGUGUCGAUGAGCUGAACCAUGAAGCGACGAAGUUUAACAAAUACCAGCAGGCUGCUAUCCGGCAGGAACAGGAGAAGCAUCGGAUGUUGGCCAAACAUGCGCAGGAAAAUGCGGCCCGCGUUGCGAAGGGUGAGCAAGCGGUGCCGGAAGAGGAAGUGAACAAACUGUUCCGUCCGAUUCCGGUGCCGACCCGGUUGAAUCCAAUGAUUGUGUCCGGGCAGAUCAACACGUACGCGCAGCACAUUUCUCAGUUCUGUUCCCAAUCGCUGGCCAAGCUGUACAUGACGCAGGCACUUCAGAAUGCCAAGGAUAACAAGCAGUAAGGGAAAAUAACGAG